CAAGAUUCCAACGACGUUGCGACACAUCAGCUUCGUGCAGAGCUUUCCCGGUCAUCCAUACGCUAACCAUACACACACACACGUACACACACACAAAACGCUACCCCCUCAUCCCCUUCAUCGUAUAUGUACCUGAUCACAUCGUCGCCAGCGGGGUCCGUCCCCUGCGGCGACAGUCCUCCUCCUCCUCUUCCACCUGCUGGCACUGCUGCUCCGGCGACUCGCCGACACACCACCUUUUUCUACCUACACCAGCCACACUGGUCACCAACAUUGCAACGUCGGCACGUCUUGCUCAAUGCCAGCGUUCCCAGCAGCACCCGCGGGGGCGCCAUUGUGUCGGGGAAGCAGAAAGAGCGCCGCCCGGUUUGCGGCCCCCCCCUUCAACUUCAGCGGCGCCACGCCGUGUCAUCCAGCCAACAAGGCGAGCAUUAGGAUGUGGUAAUGGAAAUUCCAACUUGGGCAAGGGUCUUCUUUCACACACUCUUUACUCUUGGAUCCCCGCACCGCACCACACACUCGGGUAUUGAAAGUGUUCAGUCGACAACGACGACGACGACGACGACGACGACGACGACGGCCCGAGUGAC